CUGAUUUGUGAGGGUUGCAUUUAGAGCAGGAGGAGCUGCCUCUCUCCCUCUGCAUUCUGUUCAGAAACACGUGUGCAAGCAGCAGCGACUGGGACAACCCUUUUCAUGGGAAGGGAGGUGUAGCAUUUCACUGAAAGUUAGCCUGUUGCUGCAGGAACAUGACUGAAGUGGCAGCUGACUUUCUGAGAGGAAACCCCAAGCUGAAUGAAUUACCCGACCAAGCUUUGUUGGUGAGAGAAGCCAUCGGUAUCAUAAGGAAGAGAGCUGAAGCAGAAAGUGCCGUCUGGCCCCUGGGCUUGUCCGAUGACUUCUUGCUAAGGUUUUUGCGAGCCAGGGAUUUCUGCAUAGACCUAUCAUUUAAGCUACUUAAAAACUAUCACAAAUGGAGAGCAGAAUGUCCUGAAAUCACUGCAGACCUGCGGCCUUCUCCGAUUCUUAAUCUUUUCCAUGCUGGCUAUCAUGCAGUCCUGCGGUCGAGGGAUGAUUCUGGAAGCAAAGUUCUGAUUUACAGGAUUGAACACUGGGACCCAAAGCAGUUUACAGCAUAUGAAGUUUUUCGUGUGAGCCUCAUAACCUCAGAGCUGAUAGUGAAGGAAGAAGAGACACAAAGGAACGGAGUGAAGGCCAUAUUUGAUCUCCAGGGAUGGAGGCUUGUGCAUGCAUUUCAGAUCACACCAACAAUGGCCAAAAGGAUCGCUGCAGUAAUGGCAGAUUCUUUUCCACUAAAGGUCCGUGGAAUACAUCUUAUAAAUGAGCCUUUAUUCUUCCAUCCUGUUUUUGCUAUAAUUAAGCCUUUUUUGCCUGACAAAAUAAAGCAGCGGGUUCAUUUGCAUGGAAGCAAUUAUAUACCUACUCUACACCAGCACUUUUCUGCAAGUAUUCUUCCUCCAGAAUAUGGGGGGACAGGACCAGCAAUGAGUGAACUCUGUGAGGAAUGGACAGAUCAUAUCAUGAGUUCCGAAGAUUACCUGCUCAGUAUAUCUCAGAACACGCAGCCAACAGAAGGGCCUGGAUAAUAAGCAAAGAGAAUGUAAAAUUAAAAUGUCACAUGUUGCUAUAUGAGAGAAUUACAGGGAACAUCUAGAAAUAUAUCUGUAACACAUAAUAUUAAAUAGGAAAAGUUGUAUUUGUUAUAAUAAUACGGUAAUUUGUUAUAAUAAGCAGAAACUGGUAUAGGUGUAAAGAAGUUGAUAUUCAAAUGACGUUUUAUUGUAAAGCAAUUUUCUUUGUGUCUUUUGUGUAGUUUUUCUCUCCAUCUCUAAAAUGUACUAGUUUAUGACAGAUACAGUAGACAAAUACAAAAGUUCUUCUGCACUCAACACAUUACCAAUAUAUUUAGGACACUGAGACAUUUUGUGCCUUGA